CAAAACAUAAAAAGCAAGAGGUGAAGAGAAGAACGUUGCGUUCAUCGUUUCUCCUCAUUUCUGCUGCGUUCAUCUUCUCUUUUUCGCAAUACCAUGGAGAAUGAAUUGAAGCCUAUGGAUUCGGAACAGCUGAGAGAAAAUGCACAUAAGAUGGUUGAUUUCAUUGCCGACUACUACAAAAGCAUCGAGAACUUCCCUGUUCUCAGCCAAGUACAUCCUGGCUAUCUACGUGAACUUUUGCCAGAUUCAGCCCCUAACCAUCCUGAAUCAUUGCAAGAUGUCCUCGAUGAUGUUCGGCAGAAGAUAUUACCAGGUGUGACCCAUUGGCAAAGUCCGGAUUACUUCGCAUAUUUUCCUUCCAAUAGCAGCACUGCUGGAUUCUUAGGAGAAAUGCUCAGUGCCGGUAUAAACAUUGUGGGGUUCAGUUGGGUCACUUCUCCAGCUGCAACGGAACUCGAAGUGAUUGUUCUGGAUUGGCUCGCUAAACUGUUGAAGCUACCGGACCAUUUUCUUUCAUCGGGGCAAGGUGGAGGGGUGAUUCAGGGCACAGCAAGUGAAGCAGUUCUAGUUGUGUUAUUGGCUGCACGUGAUAGGGUCUUGAGGAGGGUUGGAAAAGACUUCCUUGGGAAGCUUUUGGUUUAUGCAUCCGAUCAAGCACAUGCCGCUCUGCAAAAGGCUUGCCAGAUUGCUGGGAUUCAUCCAGGGAAUUUUAGAUUGCUGAAAACGGAUUCUUCAACAAACUAUGCCCUCGAUCCUGAUUUAGUUUGUCAAGCGGUCUCUGAUGAUCUUGCAGCUGGCUUAAUACCCUUUUUUCUAUGUGCGACUGUUGGUACAACUUCUUCAACGGCUGUGGAUCCGUUGUCUUCAUUGGGCAAGAUAGCUAAGGAUAAUGACAUGUGGUUCCAUAUCGAUGCGGCAUAUGCCGGUAGUGCUUGUAUCUGCCCAGAAUAUCGCCAUUACAUCAAUGGGGUGGAAGGGGCGGAUUCAUUUAAUAUGAAUGCACACAAAUGGUUUCUAACAAAUUUUGACUGCUCGGCCCUCUGGGUGAAGGACCGAAGUGCUCUGAUUCAAUCACUCUCUACAAAUCCGGAGUAUCUAAAAAAUAAGGCUUCGCAAGCAAAUGCUGUUGUGGACUACAAAGAUUGGCAAAUUCCUCUUGGACGUCGGUUCAGAUCGUUGAAGCUGUGGAUGGUCAUGAGACUGUAUGGUUUGGAAAAUCUACAAAGCUACAUAAGAAAUCAUAUCAAGUUGGCUGAACAAUUUGAAGAACUUGUUGCUGCUGAUCCCAGGUUUGAGGUCAUUGUGCCUCGGACAUUUUCACUCGUUUGUUUUCGCCUUCUGCCUACCGUGCAUGAUCAAGAUAAUGGACACAAACUCAAUUCUAGCUUAUUAGAGGCUGUAAAUUCAAGUGGGAAAAUCUUCAUAUCACACACGAUCUCCAUUAAGAAGGGCUGGGAUAUUCCAAUCUGGAAGAUUUGCCAGGUACUGUCAGGGAAGUUUGUUCUGCGAUUCGCAGUGGGGGCGCCAUUGACAGAAGAGAGGCAUGUCAGUAGUGCAUGGGAAGUGUUGCAGAAACAUGCCACCACCCUCUUGGGAGGCUCAUAAAACCGUUCUACCGGUGUCCUUUCAUUUCUUAUGGCAUGUGUUUGCUGGGGUGUUUCGCCUCCAUCGCAAAGCCUGAGGUCAUCCACAAUGGAGCCCAUGUGGCCAGAUGGUUGGAUGACUCUGGACAAUCAUAUGGUGGCCCACACCGAGGAUGGCUCACUGGGAAAAAAUCAUACUGAUGGACACUCCUAGUCCAUUUGUUUUGAGAGCCAGCAAUUAGACUGCUAGGACCAUGCAAGCUAGACGCCUUUUAUUCCAUUUCCAUGCUUAUUCUUUGACGGUCAUGCAGGUCGCAAACCCAAGAACUAAAGGUUGAUCAGUCAAGGUCAAGGCCAACCAGAUGGACGGUCCUCAUCGUAUGACCAUGCGGUGAAGUGGGCUGCAAUGGGCACUUGAUGAUGCAUAGUGGCACACCAAAUAUUGUUGAGAUCCAAUGGUUUUGCAUAACUUUGAUUGCAAAACCUUGAUAAAUGAUACAACUGGGAUAUUUUUGAAAUCACAUCAGUUUUUUUAUUUUCGAAGAUCUUAUUACAAUUUGUAUAGAAAAAUUGUGUCGAAAUUAAAAUAAUCCAACCUAUAUAUUUCAAAAUUUAAAAUCA